UUGAGUCUCUACCGUUCAUCUUAAUAUUUGAAAUUUGCAUAACAUUUUUCAUUGAUAUCUGGUCGUAAAAUCUACUUAUCGAAAUUAAAUUUUUUUCGAAGAGAUGUCUGUGUUCAUCGAAAUGAGGACCAUCAUUUUGUUGGUUUUCUUAUAUCUUGCAUCGUCUACCUCAUCCGAAGAAGUUCCCGCUGACAGAAAUAUAACAUUGAGAGCAUACCUCGAGGGCAUGUUCGCUCCAGUAGAAACAAAUCAUGCCGCUAUAGAGCACGUGGCUCGAAUGGGAGCCCAUCAUGACGACUUUCAACGUCAUUUUGAAGAAUUUUACUCUGUUUGUUCGGCGAAUGGCGAGAAAAUUCUUUGUCCCGAUGUUCAGCAGCUCAAGGCCUCUAAUCCGAAUUACACACUUGUAGAUGUGAUUCAAUUACUUGUCGACGAAGGUGCUGAUAUUAACGCUAAAGCAAAAUUUUCCGAAAGUUCGAUAUUUUUAACGUUGCGAAUUGGCAGCGGACACAUUAGAAUAUCGAUGAGUAAGUGUUACAUAGAAAGCAAAUGAAGGAAAAAUCAUCUUGCCCAGCCUCGGAUUUGAACACGGGAGCUCUCGACUCAUAAUCGAGAGGUCCCGUGUUCAAAUCCGCGGCUGGGCAAGAUUAUUUUUCCUUCAUUCGCUUUUUAUGUAACACUUACUCA